GGGGAGUACAACGAGCGUCAGUGUUGUCGGAAUCGUCACGCGGUGAUCUUCGAGGCUCGAGUAGUCGAGACUCGCUGUGAUUGGCGGAUCGAGGAGAAACGGCGAGAAGCAACAGAGCGCAUGGCACGCCAUCCUUUGGAGCCGCGGCGCGACGAGCGGCAGAACCGAGCCGGCGAAACGGUCUGGUCUAGUCGCUCCGAGGCGGCCGGUCCCGCCGACUUGAAAAAAGGCAGGUACGAAGAGAAGAAAUAAAGUAUCCAGAGGUUCCUCUAUCUCUCUUCUCUCUCUGCCUCUCUCUCUCUCUCUUUCACUCUCAGUGUCAUAAGCCAGACCGGUCCCAAACAUAUUAUGGCCGCAACUAGUGUUUCGUGUGGUGCAGUGAUGCUGUUUAGGCUCGACAUGAACCGAGUGCUGAGGGUUACGACUUUGGCCGCGGCCCGAAAAUGCAGCCAGAACGAAACUUGGUGCAGGAGAUGGAGAAGCGUUUCGAGACGUGGACUGGCCACCACUGCUUCCUCAUUUUCAUCGAGCCUUGAACCUAGUCUGAAGAAAGAGCCGAAGGAUAAGAAGACUUUCGCAGAUACUCCGGAACUUGUCGAAUGGAGCGAAAGGAUCAGCUUGGAUCUCAAGGAUUUUAAGAGCAAAAAUCACUGUAAAAAGUAUGUUUCCGUUGUUUACCACAGAGGAUUGCCACGAGUCACUGUUCCCCUACCGUCUAGACGUGAGAAAUGCAUGUUCACCCUGAAGCCGAUCACACAUACAGUAGGAGAUUUUUUGGAUAUGCUUAAGCAGGAGGAUAAGGGAAUUGACCGAGCCUUGAUCACAACGAUAGAUGGAAUUAGAAUAGCUUCGGCAAACUCGAUAGAAUCUUUAAUGGAAGAUGAUUUCAAGCUCAUCGUCAACGACAACAUCUACACGGUCAGCGCACCUCAGCACGAGAGACUCACGAUGGAGGAAGCCCAACGAAUAUCGGACGUCAGAGUAUUGGUGGGACAACUUUACGAGGCUCUUCACGUCGACGAGCAUCAACUACAAGAGGAGAAACAGAUCCUCACUCAGCUCGAAGACAUCAAGAUGCAGUUGCAGCCGUUGGAGGAUAAACGACUAGAACUUGAAGUCACCGCAUCUAGACGCACGAAUCUACUAACGUGGGCUGGCCUCGGUUUGAUGUCGGUUCAAUUCGGUAUCCUUGCCAGGUUAACCUGGUGGGAGUAUUCCUGGGAUAUCAUGGAGCCUGUUACUUAUUUUGUAACUUACGGCACAGCAAUGGCUUGUUACGCUUACUACGUACUCACUAAGCAGGAAUAUCUGCUACCCGACGUACGUGAUCGGCAGCACUUGUUGAUCCUGCACAAAAAAGCACGCAAGCUUGGCUUGGAUUUAAACCAGUACAAUGUCCUGAAAGAGCAGUCAAGCGAACUGGAGACGAAGCUGCAACGUCUACGAGAUCCUAUGAAGGUACGGAAAAGCUUCGUCGACAUAAAGAGAGAAGAAAGAGAAAAGUACUCGAGCAGUAGCUCCAGAUCGCCAAGCAGCUCGCCUAGUCCUAGUCCCGAAAGAGAAGAGACGAAGAAAAAAGAAAGUACUGAAACACCGAAAAAAAUCUCCGACGUAGUUCGCGAAUUUAGCGCGAAAAAACCGACGAGAUAAGUCGCGUAGGAAGUGAAACGAUCUAAUGAUCCACGUGACGGUACAGCGCUAUUUUCUAAAGUCAAGCGUUAUUAGGGUAUAGCGUGAAUAAAAAACUGUCACGCGGAUUUGUUUUUCCGUAAUUUAAUAUAGUGGAAUUGAUCAAUUUGUGAAAGGAUUUGGUCGCGUUUAGGUAUAUCAGUUUCAGGCAAUUGCCAAUGUCGUUCGGUGCCAUAUACUGUAACUUUACUACGAAUAAAUUUUGCAUAUGGAGCUAAGAUUCGUGUAGAUAUAUAAUGCAUAUUAUUGUGACGAAAUGAAACGCGACAACCAAUAAUAUAACAAGGAAAUAUAAGAAUUAAUCAAUUGUUCGAGGUUUAUCUAUGGAAUUGUGUCAUUUCUUUUUAACAAUUGAACAUAACUGAUUUUUAUCUGCUUUCCACGAUUUAAAUUUGUUUAAACGUAGAAUGUACUAAUACUAAAGAGUAGGUAAGCGAAUUAUUACGGAAUGCAGGUUUUCUUGUAGGUAAUUGAGUGAUAAAAAAGAAAAGAAUUGAAUUAAAAUACGAAAAAACAUUUGAAUUGAAAACUUAGAAUUAUUUAUAAAGAAUUAAAGCCAUACGUAUGAUAAAUAAAAUUACUAUACCUUGUGCAAAUUUCUUCUAUAAUUACUUAAUGUAUAUGAUUGAAAAAAUUAUGGUAAUAGUUUUGUUCAAAUUAGAAAAAAUUUAAUUGUGAAUAAAUCUAAGAUGGUAAAUUCUUCGGAAGAAAGCCUUCUACCGUAUUGUAAUACGACUAUAUUAUAUGUAAACGCUCAACUGUGUAAAAUGCACAUAUUAGCUGCAAGAUUAUAUUUAUAAAUAACAAUAUUGUUAAUAAUAAUAUUUCAAAAGAAUUGUCUUAAGUUAUAGACAUGUCUUGGCAAACGUCAUGAUAAUGUUUGAAUAUAUUUCAUUGUGUGAUCAAUAAUAAUUUUUUUUCUUGUUUUAAAAACGGUUGCAAAUUUUCAACGAAGUAAAAACAAUCACAUGAUAUUUCAUACCAAUAAUUUUUCUCACUUAACAAGUUAAAAUAUAAUAUUUCUAUAUCAUCCAUUGAAGAGCACAAAUCUCCUUUAGAUCGAUAUGCCACAAUAGCUUUGUCGUUUUCUGCUUAAAUCUCAUAGAAAACAAAAGCUAAAUAGGUUGAAUCUACCCGAUAUGUUUUCUCAAGAUUUAGGUAUUAUAAUGUAUGUACAUCGAUAGAAUAACUCAACCGUGGGAACAGUUAUUACGAGCUUCUGCGUCAGUGAAUUUUCACAGCCUCUCAGACACGUUUAUGAAAUCCCAUAAAAAAAAUUUACUCCGUUAAGCUCUGAAAAACUUCAAGUUGAAAAUCUUUUAAUUUUAAUGCAAUCUUUGUGAAGAAUAAAUACAAAUUUUUCUUAUGCAAAUUUAAAACAAACUGAUGAAGGACUGUUUUUAAAUCCUCGGAAAAUAAAAAAAUAAAAAACUCAGAAAAGUGUCAGACUUUUCUUUUUGUAUUUUUGAAGCUUUAUUGCUUAUCUGAGAUGUUCUAUAUUUUACAAAUACCCAAAUAUAUGUGUACGUAUAGAUGCAUUGCAGAUUUGCACGUUUACUUAUGACAUCCAUAUAUCGAAUUAUACAUACUUACAGUACGUGUAACUAUACAUAUAGAUGUUUGAGCGACAACUGUUCAUCGUUAUAUACAAGUAUAACCUUUACUUAUACAUAGAUCAACCACUACGGGAUCUGACAAUUGAAAGUAGUUUUAUAAAAAAGAAAAAAGGUCGAAAAAAUAUCUCGCUUUAAAAUUGGAUUAUAUUUUAAAUCCGUCCACAAGACUUCGAUUCACGCGUGCACCUUUAUCUACUUUCUAUUCUAGAGCUAACCGAAAUUAUUAAAAUAUAUAAUGUUAUACGUUUACAAGACUAGUCGAUAGUAAAAUGGUAACAUAUAGAAAAUUUCGUACAUGGCAGUAGCAGCACAUUUUAUGAUGAAAAUCUUUUCAGAAUAUAAAUUUAUAAAUGAAUUAAUCAUCCACUUAAGAUUGUUGAGAAAUUUCUCUAAUCUCAUAAUAUUAACAAGUUAAUGAAGUAGAGAGUAUUGGAUUACUCAAUCUCUUUUAGCUAAUUGCCACAAAACAUUAGAAACUUAUGCUUGGUAAAUAUUUAAAAUUAGACUCAAUUUUCUUAGGUGAAUUAAACGAAUAUAUUAUAUACGACAAAGUUAAAUUAAAGUGCCACGAGGUGUGUGCCAAUCUCUAUCAUGUUUCACAAUCGUUUCUCAUAUUAUAUGCGCGGUUAACACAGGCUUGGCUGUACUUUACGUACUUUAGAUGACGAAUGCAGCCAGGAAAUAGUAAUCUGUAGGAUAUGAAAAGUCCAGUUUCCAUUACUUUAUUUUUUUUUGUCACGUAUUGUGUUUUUCAGAGAAAAAAAAACUUCCCGAAAAUUAGUAGUAGUAUUAAUAUUAAUAAUAAUAAUAAUAAUAAUAAUAAUUACACUAAUGACAAGAUUAACAAUAAUACAAUCAUACAUUAUAAUGAAAUUUUCCUAAAAAUUUGUAUAUAAUACUAAAUUAUAUUCAGUGAAAUUAUCUCUCGUGCUUUUCCUUGAGCUUACUAACCAGUAACCGAAUGCCUAACGUGUGAAAAUGAGUUUCUUAAUUAUGAAGUCAUUAUAUGAUAAAUCAUAAAAUGUCUUAAGAAAAUAAAAGAAAAUAGAUGAUUGUAUAUAUCUAUACAUAUAUAUAUAUUAUAUAUUGUAUACUUUAAAAUCUUUAAACGUUUCCUAGACACACGUCGUAUUGAUUGCGAUCUCUGGAAUUUAUGCACUGCAGUUACUCUUGUAGCAUUAGAUCUUACACUUCCUCACUUAAAUACGUUAUACGAGUACAUUCAAAAGUAUUGUUUUUUUUUCACGGCACGAUUGCAUUCGUAUAUAACGGUAAUUAGCUGAUAUCUGAUCUGCCGAGUUUCUCAUUUUACGAAGUCAUUUUCAAGAUUAAUUACUCUAUGAAUAGAAAAUUCAUCAUUUAGAUUCAAUUUUGUGCAAAAACAAAGCUUCAGGAAAGUCUGCAGUUUUUGUUUUCAAUUUCUCAAACGUGUCAUUCAAGUUCUGCAAUCGUAUCAAGUAAAAAAAUUACGUCAAUCCAGUGUAUGUACAUAAUUUCUGAAAAUACAAGCAUAUUUAUUCAAUUA